AUGUCUCAACAUGGGCUUCUACGCGUCAUGGAUGGCACUGUCAUAUAUGCUUGCGCAUUGAACUGUCCUAAGGAUCCAGUGACUGGUUUACAGAUGGCAGAAUACGAUGUAAUCAAUUCGUGGUGCUUUGCAGGAAAACGUCUCCUUAAUCCUGAAGUGGUAGAAGAGUUACAUACAGUCCAAGGCCUGAUACUGGGCAAAUCUGAGGACAUGACCAGGGAUGCGCCAACUAAAAAUGACCAAGGGGAAUAUGUAGGGGGUGCUGCCAUCGAAUGGACUGGUGUUAAAGGCGUGAAGGGUACCCGCUGCUAUUCAACUACUUGCACACACCAACAUUCUAGGUGCUUGGUUGGCCCCACGGCACAAGGGAAAGUUUUCUCUGAUAAUGAAACAUCGGAAUGGACUGAAGACCUGAAAACCAGAAAACAUUCUGUGAAGGUCCAUUCAGAUGUUGCUGUCAAAGCCUUGACAAUGUUUGCACCAAAAUCUUACAUUGAAGCAGUAACCCUUAAUGCAGAAGUCAUGAAAAUGCCCAGAGUGGGGUCUGACGAAAACGUAAUUACCCCAGCGCAGCAGGUGAAUCUUGUGCCAGCCGUAAGAUUUGAAUCAUGCGAAGAGGAUGGAUUGGUAGGCAUGGGAGACUUCGGGAAAAUCGAUGGGCAUACAGACGAUUUUGAUACUCCAGGAUCUUUUACCUGCAUGGUGGCCAACUCUCGGCUGCCUAAAGAAUAUGAGAGUGGACAAUUCCAUCUUCUUGGCCUUGGAUGCUACUUUGUAUUAGAAUCACUUACUGUCAUGUGCUUCUCUGGGUUACGCAAACAUGGUGGCACCCCUCCAAUCGCGCCUCCAGGCGUUGAGCCUGCCCCAGAUGCAUACCACUUUAUGAAUGUAUGCCACCCUCCUAAGGCCAUGAUAUCUGUUGCUGGUUCCUAUGUCCAACCUCUGGCAUUGCUACCAAGUAGACGACAACAAGAUGAUUUGUUGCUACUAGGACCAGAAAUCACAUCACAGAUGAACCCUCAACCUCUGCCAUUAUCAAGCCAUGCCAAUUGGGCCAAUGAUGGAAUUCUGCCUCGAGUUAUGGGAGCAAGGAUAGAUUCGACGAUAUUCCUAAGCGCCUUCUCAUUCAUUGACACUGAUGGGAAGUGCUACUCGUUAGGACCCUGGGUCAGAGCGGAGGAUGGUGUGGUCGUCGAUACGCCAUGUCAAGACAAGUCAAGUUGGGGUGGAGAUGUACCCUCAUCACCUCUAGACACAGAAGGGUCUCAAGCCGCCAAUAUAUGGAGCGAUGGGCCUGAACAACAACCAGAGGCUGAACUUCAAAAUGAUGUGGAUCACGUCAUUGCUGCACGUCAUGGGCGUUGGAACCAAUGGUUUGAUCACCUUGAGACACAGAGUAAAUUUAUACCAACACAGUGGGCACUAUUUGAGAUGAACAAAGAUGGAAAGACACAGUUUGACCUGAUUCGGAGUCAAUUCUAUGCAGGCCCUGGAAAGCCUUUACGAAUCAAAAGCAAGACUGCAACAAAAACUAAUAAGCGGCAGCGCACUGAAGCGAAUGACAUGGAAAUGGAAAGACCCAAGAAACGUCUGAAGGGUUCACAUGUUGCAUUUCCCCAAAAGCGUGGCGAUCUUUUUACGAGUCCUCUGAGUUUACGAAGAGACUCGUUUAUUACCCAGGAUCUCAGGACUUUUUUCAGUGCGGUGGUAGCUAAUGUAUUGUUCUACUGGGCGGUCAGACUCUAA